AUGGUUGGUAGCCAAGAGUUCGUAUCGCCACUUUGUGUCUGGUCAGCCCCGCUCCACUGUCUUGAUCCGUCGGCGUUGUCGGCGGCUGGUUAUGUCGCCGUCCGAUGGUCUGGACUGAACCGGUCGAGCUUGGGUCAGUCUUCACUAGCGGUGUCCGGUUGUGGCGGUCGCGGCGUUCCUCUUCGGUGUCGGUCGUUCUCCUAUUAUCCUUCAAUAGACGGCAGAGUGUGUUGA